AGUAAAUGAUGUUAUACCGAUUCAGAAGCAAAUAGGGGUUCUAUGAACACCACCAAACGACCAGAUAUUUCAAUGCCUAACAUUCAGACUCAACAAACAGAUACAGGUCCUGCAGAAGGGUUUGGAAAAACGGAUAUAUCCAAUACUGAUGAGUCUUAUAUUCUAAGCAGUGAUAGCUCAGAAUUGGAUUUGAAGUACCUUCAGAUCUCUCUGAGGGGAGCUAUGAGAGAAGCCUUCUUCAGAAAUGGUCCCUUCGAUUUCUCAGUGCAUCUAUAUCCUGAUGAAGUUGAUGCAAAUAGUCUGGAUUUUAUGAAAUCAGGUCUUAAUACCACAUCAAAGGUAUAUGUCAGCACUGACUCUCUGGGAAGAACUACCAAAUAUCUCGGAGAAUGGAAUGGAGAUAUGAGAGAAGGCAGAGGAAUCCAAGUCACUUUUAAUAAUGGCAUAAAUGAAGACUUGUCUUUGUCUGAGCACGCAUUCAUCUAUCAAGGGUUCUGGGUAGACAACCUUGCCCAUGGCAAGGGUCGUCUAAUCCAUCAUGAUGGAGAUUCAUACGAAGGAUCAUGGGAGCAAGGCAAAGCUUCUGGAUAUGGAGAGUACAGACAUUCUGAUGGCACCACAUUUAAAGGCAACUGGAAAGAAGACCUUCAGGAAGGAUUUGGUGAAGAACAAUGGGUUGACGGCUCUAUUUAUAAAGGAGAGUAUAAAUAACGGCUGAAAACAUGGAAAAGGCAUAUUCUGUUGGUCUGAUAGCAGUGUUUAUGAAGGGGAGUUCAAUAUGAACUCUAUAAAUGGCUAUGGUAUUUACAAGUGGCCAGAUGGAAGAGUAUAUAAGGGACCUUGGAGAAAUAAUAAAAUGGAAGGAGAAGGAAUCUAUACUUGGCCUGAUGGGAGGGUCUAUAAAGGAUUCUGGCAUCAAAGCCAACAGCAUGGCGUAGGGACAUACUCUGAAGCUAGCGGGGAAGAGGUUGUAGUACUCUACAAAUUUGGUGAAAGAGUUAAAUAA